AUGAGCAAAUCGAUUACUGAUUCGGAAGAUCAAUUAGCAGAAAUGGAAGAAGCAUUUCAAUUGUUUGAUAAUAGAGGUGACAAUAAAAUACACAUAUCAAAUAUUGGUAAUGCUCUUCGCGCAUUAGGUCAAAAUCCUACCGAGUCAGAUGUAAAGAAGUUUACACAACAACAUAAAACUGACGAACGCAUUCCAUUUGAUGUAUUUUUUCCCAUUUAUCAAGCUAUAUCUAAAAACCGUUCCUCAAAUACAGCUGAUGAUUUUAAUGAAGGUUUACGACAUUUUGACAAAGAUGGAAAUGGAUUUAUAUCAUCUGCAGAAUUACGCCACUUACUUACGACACUUGGAGAAAAACUUACUGAUGAAGAAGUUGAACAGUUAUUAACUGGACAAGAAGAUUCUUUAGGAAACAUAAACUACGAGGAAUUUGUGCGUUCUGUAACAUCGGGUUGA